ACGCAACAGCUUUUGUCUUUGGAUCUGAUAAUCAGGGAUUUUAAUUUUACUGUUAACUCAUUUAUUAAUUCUGUUAAUUCGCUGCUUAAUAUUCUCUCCCUCUCCCCUGUUUUGUGCUUUCUUCAACACUGAUGAACGCCGAGAUAGCUGCAACAAGCAACAACAAAAAAGCGCUCUCUCUCUCUCUCUCGUCUCUGCCAUUUCCCCCAUCUCUCCACUCUCUCCAACUAACCACCUUCCCGAAACUGGUAACUUUCCUCCUUUUCCUGAAAAACCCUAGUUUCCAUUUCUUCUCAUUCGAUUCUUUCUUCUCCGUGUUUCUUCCCAUCACAAAUGCCGGAUGCCGGAAGCUCCUCUUUUCGGAAUUGUUCUGGCUGAUCGUUGUUUUGUUCGUUCCUCGCCCGCACCCUUCCGGAUUUUCUGUUUAGUGAUCGGUAUUUGAUCUGAUCUUUUGCUUGGGUUUCUUCUUCUUUCCCUCCCUCGAGAUCUGCACUGAAGCUAAGAAUGGAAAGUUUGAUUGCAUUUCCUUGCUAGAAUUGGGAUUCGAUGGUUAUUACCAGUGGACAAAAAAGGGGGGCGGAGUUGUGUUUUUUGGGGAUUCGUUCAUUUAAUUGCCUUCUCUCUGUUGGAAUUCAUAUUUUUCUUCUAGAAAAAUAAAAAAAGUGGCCGUUAGUCACUGCCACAUUCGCGGAGAAUUUGGUUGUUUUUAUUCUGUUUUUGACUUUUCUUCUGCUCCGCAGGUUGAUCUGAAUUUGGUUAAGUUGCUGGGCGCGUUGAUGGACAUCUGUUGUUGAUUCUGGUUCCUAUUCUUCAUUGAUCCAAGGAGUUUGUUUUGGCAUUUACUGUGGGGGAAUUGGAUUUAAAUCCAAUUCAAUUUUCUCUCAAUUGUUCUGGAUUCGAAGCUUAGAGUGGAAAUCUGAAGAUCCCGAAUCGAGUGGCUUGCUGCCUCUCUGGUUUCUGUGGACUCUGCUGUUCGAUGCUUGCAGGGAUAGUUCGUGUUCAUGAUUAAAUGUACACAAGCUUGUAUGUGACUAUUGGUGACGCUUUUCCCUGCUCGUGGAGUUCUGGGUCAUGAUUGGAUCCUUGGUUGGCUGUGAAAGUUUGUUUUGUUUAAAAAUUCGGACAUGAGAAGUCCUUGGCUCAAUAAACUAUAUGUUACUUUAGGCCCUAGACCGCCGGCUAGUUGGUUGUUGUUGUGCCUUGUAUGUGUCCUUGCUGUGAUUGCCAUCUUAGGAUCGACGUCUUCCACUGCAUUUGAUUCCGUCACAGUCACACCAGUUCCAAACAUUUAUUCGAAUUACAGAAGGUUAAAGGAGCAGGCUGCAGUUGAUUAUUUGGAGCUUAGAUCAUUCUCAGUUUCUGCAGCUAGGCAGCAAGUGCUUGGUCUUUGUGGCAAAGAAAGAGAACAUUUUGUGCCUUGUUACAAUGUCACUGCAAAUACAUUGGCUGGGUUUAAGGAUGGUGAAGAGUUCGAUAGGCAUUGUGAAAUGUUUAGGCCAAGAGAGCGUUGCUUGGUUCGGCCUCCAAAGGAUUACAAGAUUCCACUAAGAUGGCCGGCAGGGAGGGAUGUAAUAUGGAGUGGUAAUGUGAGGCUAAGCAGAGACCAGUUUCUUUCUUCUGGAAGCAUGACAAAGAGAUUGAUGCUGCUGGAAGAGAAUCAAAUUGCUUUUCACUCUGAAGAUGGAUCGAUAUUUGAUGGAGUGAAAGACUACUCACGCCAGGUUGCUGAAAUGAUAGGUUUAGGAAGUGACGCUGAGUUUCAUCAGGCUGGUGUAAGGACUGUGUUGGACAUUGGUUGUGGAUUCGGAAGCUUUGGAGCUCAUCUAGUGUCGCUCAAGGUAAUGCCGAUCUGCAUUGCUUCUUAUGAGGCCACCGGCAGCCAAGUUCAAGUAGCACUUGAGAGAGGCCUACCAGCUAUGAUUGGAAAUUUUAUCUCACGGCAACUUCCAUAUCCUUCAUUGUCAUUUGACAUGAUUCACUGUACUCAGUGCAGUAUUAUCUGGGAUGAUAAAGAUGGUAUGUUCCUUAUUGAAGUGGACCGAAUUCUCAAGCCAGGAGGUUACUUUGUUUUAACAUCUCCGGCAAGUAAACCAACUGGAAGUUCAUCUAGAAUUAAGAAGAGGAGCAUGGUGGCACCAAUUGAAGAUUUCACUGAAAAUAUCUGUUGGGGUCUCAUGGCUCAGCAGGACGAUACUUUCAUCUGGCAGAAAACUGCUGAUGUCAAUUGUUAUAAAUCUCGUAAGUCGGCUUCUCCUCCAAUUUGCAAUGAAGGGAAUGAUAUUCCUCCAUAUUACCAGCCUCUUGUGUCAUGUAUUAGCGGAACCACUAGUCAGCGUUGGAUACCAAUUCAGAACAGGUCAACCGAGCAGUUAAGCUCAUACGAGCUUCAAGUUCAUGGAGUUCCACAAGAUGAUUUCUAUGAGGACUCCCAGGUGUGGCGAUCGGCUCUUAGAAACUAUUGGUCAUUGCUAACACCAUUAAUUUUCUCCGACCAUCCAAAGAGGCCAGGUGAUGAAGAUCCAUUACCUCCGUUCAACAUGCUAAGAAAUGUUAUGGACAUGAAUGCUCAUUACGGUGGCUUAAAUGCUGCCUUUCUGGACGAGAAGAAAUCGGUUUGGGUGAUGAAUGUUGUUCCUGUUAGGGCCCGUAAUACUCUUCCCCUCAUAAUCAAUCGAGGUUUCGCUGGUGUUCUACAUGAUUGGUGUGAGCCCUUCCCGACUUACCCCCGAACAUAUGACUUUCUCCAUGGAUAUGGACUGCUCUCUCAUCUUAGUUCAGAGAGGUGUGGUAUGAUGGACGUACUAUUGGAGAUGGAUCGAAUUCUAAGACCUGAGGGAUGGGUGGUUCUGUCAGAUAGUGUAGUUGCCAUUGACAUGGCUCGAGCACUAGCUGCGCAGAUACAUUGGGAAGCAAGGGUGGUGGAUCCUCAGAAUGGCAGCGACCAGAGGAUACUGGUUUGCCAAAAACCAUUUGUCAAGAAAUGAUUCUUCAAGCUUUUUAGUAUUAAUGGAAUCCUUCCUAUUAACUGUACAAUCUUUGUUUUCCCCUGGCAAACUGGUACCCUCAUCUCUUUGAAACUCAGCUAGCUCUCUGUUAACAAAGCUUCUGGCCACGGAUUUGAAAUUGGCAGCAUGAACAUGUUACAACACUGUCCAGGGCCCUGAGAGCAGGAAAUUAGCACGGCAAACUAGUGGGAAUUGGAAGAGGCUGUAGAUUAGCAAGAAGCCUUGUAUUGCUGGCUGCAGAGAAAGUGAGCUGCAAAGUGCAAAAGCCAUUCAGAAUUUUUGUUUUUUUUUUUUCAUUUUUGUUUUGAGUUCAAAGCAUUUGUAGCAUUUAUUCAUCGAUUUUGUUUUGGUUCCCUUCAUUUUGCAAAUUCUUUCAGUGUUGAUGAUCUCUUUGUUAUUCUUUUUUUUUUAUUUUAAUUUCAUUCUCUUCCAAACAUUGAGAGUUUCAAGGAAGAUUUUUCAUAUAAUUAUAUAUAAUGAAUGUACUGGGACGGGAACAGCAGUAAAGUGCAGUCAAGGAA